CCCCCGCGCGCCGCCGGGUCCCUAUAGCCUGGGCCGCGCGUCUCGGGCUGUUGAGGGUGGCAUGCGGGACUACGACGAGGUGACCGCCUUCCUGGGCGAGUGGGGGCCGUUCCAGCGCCUCAUCUUCUUCUUGCUCAGCGCCAGCAUCAUCCCCAACGGCUUCAAUGGUAUGUCAGCCGUGUUCCUGACGGGGACCCCGGAGCACCGCUGCCGGGUGCCAGACACCGCGAACCUGAGCAGCGCGUGGCGCAACCACAGUGUCCCGCUGCGGCUGCAGAACGGCCAUGAGGUGCCUCACAGCUGCAGGCGCUACCGGCUCGAGGCGAUCUCCAACUUCUCGGCGCUCGGGCUGGAGCCGGGGCGCGAUGUGGACCUGGAGCAAUUGGAGCAGGAGAGCUGCCUGGAUGGCUGGGAGUUCAGCCAGGACGUCUACCUGUCCACCAUCGUGACCGAGUGGAACCUGGUGUGUGAGGACGACUGGAAGGCCCCGCUCACGACCUCCUUGUUUUUCGGGGGUGUGCUGGUGGGCUCCUUCAUUUCGGGGCAGCUCUCAGACAGCUGCUUCUGUCACUCCCCUUUCCUUCCCAGGUUUGGUCGGAAGAACGUGCUGUUUGUGACCAUGGGCAUGCAGACGGGCUUCAGCUUCCUGCAGGUCUUCUCCAAGAACUUCGAGAUGUUCACCGUGCUGUUUAUCCUUGUAGGCAUGGGCCAGAUCUCCAACUAUGUGGCAGCAUUUGUCUUGGGAACAGAAAUCCUUGGCAAGUCAGUGCGUAUUAUAUUCUCUACGUUAGGAGUGUGCAUAUUUUAUGCAGUUGGCUACAUGCUGCUGCCACUGUUUGCUUACUUCAUCAGAGACUGGCGGAAACUGCUUCUGGCGCUGACGGUGCCCGGGGUGCUGUGCGCGGCGCUCUGGUGGUUCAUCCCGGAGUCCCCCCGAUGGCUCAUCUCUCAGGGACGAUUUAAAGAGGCAGAGGUGAUCAUCCACCGGGCUGCCAAAAUCAAUGGCAUCGUCGCACCCUCGACCCUCUUUGAACCAAGUGAGCUGCAAGACCUAAGUUCCCAGAAGCAGCAGUCCCACAGCAUUUUGGAUCUGCUCCGAAGCCGGAACAUCCGAAUGGUCACCAUCAUGUCCAUAAUUCUGUGGAUGACCAUAUCCGUGGGCUACUUCGGGCUCUCCCUUGAUACCCCUAACUUGCACGGGGACGUCUAUGUGAAUUGCUUCCUUUCGGCAGUGGUUGAAGUCCCGGCGUACAUAUUGGCCUGGCUGCUUCUGCAGCACCUGCCCCGGCGAUAUUCCAUGGCCACCGCCCUCUUCCUGGGUGGCAGCGUCCUCCUGUUCGUGCAGCUGGUGCCCCCAGACUUGUAUUAUUUGGCUACGGUCCUGGUGAUGGUGGGCAAGUUUGGAGUCACGGCGGCCUUUUCCAUGGUCUACGUGUACACAGCCGAGCUGUACCCUACCGUGGUCCGCAACAUGGGCGUGGGAGUCAGCUCCACGGCGUCCCGCCUGGGCAGCAUCCUGGCUCCCUACUUCAUUUACCUUGGGGCCUACGACCGCUUCCUGCCCUACAUUCUCAUGGGAAGUCUGACCAUCCUGACAGCCAUCCUCACCUUGUUCCUCCCAGAGAGCUUCGGCACCCCCCUCCCAGACACCAUUGACCAGAUGCUAAGGGUCAAAGGAAUCAAGUACAGGCAAACUCCAAACCACACAAGGGAGUUAAAAGAUGGUGAAGAAAACCCCACAGUCCUUAAAAGCACAGCCUUCUAGCAACCUCAAGUGAGUGAGAACGUGAAGAGGAAAGACUGCAUCCUGUCAGAACGGCUGGUGCAGGCACUGAGUCCUUGGGGCAAAGGUCUUUGCUGUUCAUUCUGUUGACUUUGAGUCUGGCCUGCUCGUGGGUGGGCACCUGGCCACCGAGGCUACGCGUGGUCCUAGAGCGCCACCUUCCCUCAGGGGACCCUGUGACCACCGACAGACAACUUUAGAGAAGUCCUGACUAAUACAGUGAUGGACUGUACGCUUCCCAAGAAAUUAACGAUUCACUAGAACCAGUUGGAUUUGGAAGAAUAUGAGAGGCAUCUGCUAAAUUUACAUUUUAAUUUCGGACGGCCUAAAAAGGUCUCCGAUAAAGCUGGAGGUCUAAUCUUACCCCUCCCCACCCCCGAAAUCUUUUCCCCCUCUCUCUCUAAUGGUGCAUAUUAGAGGAAAAGAAAUCAUUUCACAGGGAAUUUGAUUUCUCACACCUUGUGAGCUACCAAGGAUAUUAAGUAGGAUUGUUGCUUCCCCAGGGCAGGACAGCCGAGGUCUGGGGAACCCAGAAGGUAAUUAACAGGAGGGGACUGAGCAGGUACUGAGCAUAGGGGAGUGCACCGAUGUGGGAGCUCCUGGAGCACUCAGUGUGACUGCCGGGGAGACGUGUUUACAUCUGAUGGAAACACUGGGCUUGUCUGGGCCCGUAGCAAACACAUCAUUGAACCUACUAUUCUUGCUUUCGUGCCACGUGACUCAAACCUAGCUGUAAUGGUUUCGAUGUAUGGUUUGAAGGAAGUAUGUCAGUGAGAAAGAAAGAUGAGCAAACUUGUCUCUUCUCUUAAAACCAUAAUGUGGAUUCUGUGUUUUGUUUGUUUGUUUAUUUGUUGUUAUGUAUUUUCCUCCUUAAGUUAUUUGCCCUUCAGAGUCGACUUAGGAAAGUCUGGUCCCUUGGCCUCCUGGUUUGUGUCUUUUUAUUUUUUCCACGCAGAAUCACUCUGGCUAUGGUCUGCAGUUGCCACUUGUCACCAGCCUUAGCCACUAGCACUUCUCUGAGUGCCAAAGCUGACGUCGUUGUGUGUGUUCUUUUUGUGAUGCCUAAUCAUGGAAAAAAAUUUACAAAGGAGAAAGUUAAAUCAUGUUCACAGUCUUUCAGAGUUGCUCACUUCAGUCGUGUGACAUUGGGAAAUACUUUGUAUUCCGUGUAAUUGUCUUCUCUUUCUGAUUGUUACCAUGGUAUUCAUAAAGCAGACACUUCACCUGGUUAAAAAACCAUAUCUUGGGGAAAGCUACUGAAGUGCCUUGGAAAUGCAAAUGUUUCAAUAAAUAAAAUGAUUUUUUAAAUAAUA